GCUUUGUUCAAUAGAAUCCAUAUUUCACCAGCUCCGUGUUAUUAUCUAAUAUUUCUAGCUGAUCUAUAAAUAGCAAGGCGUUCGAUACUUCGUUACAUUACCUCACUGACCGUUAAACGCCUCAACUUAACAACUACACAGCUCCAGUACCCACGGAGGAUGAGGGCCUUCACGAUCGUCUUGCUUUGCGUCGGAGCGCUCGCCUCCGCAUCAUCAGCCCCAAUCAAUCAAAACUCGGCUCAAAGAGCAGAAUACAACUAUGACUACGAAGGCGAUCAAACAAACCAAGCCAAAGACCCAGCGGAAGCUGCAAGCCAUUACGACUCUUAUAUCCAGGACGUCAAGGCAGCAGCUAACGGGGGCGGCGGGAAAAAGGGCUUCAGCAGAGGCAGUGGCUUACGAACGAUAGCCGUGGGUUCAGCUAAUCAAGCAAAAACAGCGCUCGGAAACCAGCAGGCCGCGGCAUACCAAGCGGCGUAUGUAGCUAAGAAUACUUUAGCGCAAUCCGCUGCCCAGUCGAGUGCCACAGCGCAGGCAGCGCUGGCCGGGAAGCAGGUUAUACUGUCUGGUCUGGAACAGCAAGUGAGGGACGCGAAGGUUGGAUUACAAGGAGAGGAGAUGCAACUCCAGCAGGCGAAGAGAGCGGCGCAGUCAGCAGCACAAGCAGCUCAACAAGCGAUGCACCAGGUGAACGUGAUCCAAGCAGCGCUAAACGCAGCUCAGGCUACAUCAGAAAAUGCGAACGAGGCGGCGUCUCAAGCUGCGGGGGAGCUCGGAGCUCAGACAGCCAUGGUGGGUGCAGCGCGACAGAGACUGUCUACUCUUCAGGAACAACUCAAAGGAGUCAGAAUCGACUUUGAAGCCACUCAAGCUGCAGCUAGGAAGGCUCAGGCGGCUGCUCAACAAGCUCAAGCGAAUGCCGCUGAAGCUGCAGCGAAGGCCGCCGCGGCUGGCCUGGCAGCUAACAAGCCCGACGCCUCACACGAAGGAUCCGGUCCCAACCAGGAUCCAGUCACAUUGCACGCAACCCGAAGAUCCAAACCCAUCCAAAACAUCAAAACCCUCACACUCAACCUCUCACAGAAUCCAGGCCAAUGGCACAAACAGAAACCACCAGUACAGUUCCAUGAACCGUUAAAAAUAUCAAAAACUAAAAGAAUAAAGCUGUUAGAUUCUGAAUCAUUUGAAAAGUUCCCAACCUUUGCUGACGGCGGUUAUAUUUUAAAUUCCGAACCUGAAUUUAAAUGGUAGAUCCUUGAUAUGGUCAUGUAGAAGUCAUUUUACAGAAAAUCAUGAAGAAGUUGAGGAAGAUGUAGAAGAAGAAGGUGAAGAAGAUUGUGAGGAAUAGAGCCCCACCUAGAUAGUUAGAUGCCAUCAUACUGUCAUAGAUAACACAAUGCUAACAUAUGAAGACAACUAUAUGUAUUUUAUAUUGUAUUUACUUGUUUUACAUUGUCCAUAACAUAUGUUGUUUUCUGAAUAAUUCUUAGACAUUAAAAUUGUUGAUUUUGUUAAUUAAUUUUAAGAUUUAUUAAAUAAUGUACAAAAAUAUGGGAUUGUGAGAAGCUUUUCAUAAUAUUUAAUUCAAGAUUAUAAAACAUAUACUUGCAGUUUACUUAGUCAAAUAAGUAUUUAAUAAAUGAUUAAUGUUUUUUAAUAAACAA